UGUGGAUAGAAGAGGAUGCUUUUUAUCCUGGCAGCCAUUUCAAAGAAACCUUCAGUGUUCAUCCUGAGUGGAAUGUUGCUUCGGGCAUCUCUCAAGUUUGUGUCUCUUUCUUCUUGUCUUUUUUUCUCUCAUUCAGACUGAACAAAGGAUUCCUCGGGUUAAAGCAUCCCACAAGGCUCUUGUCUCCUUUCUUUUAAAGAUAUUUAAGUCAAACAAACUAAUCCAUCCACGCCCUCGUAGGUGGCUGACAGGAAUUUCAUCUGUGGCUUUUAACACCGGCGAGGUUAGAGAACACAAACACUGAUCACAGACAAAGUGCAGCAGUCUAAACACUGCUUCGACCAGGAUAGAAAUCCAGUUGGUCAUAGAAAUAUGUAGCUUCUCUUCAAUAUUUAUGUCAGAACUUGUGGUGCCCUGAUGUUGAAUACCUUGUGGGGCUGAUCUCACAUGAAUGAGGCUGAUAUUUCAGCCAUCAUAUUCUUUUUUUUGUCCCUUACAUAACCAUAUUUCACCAGUGGUCUGUCUAUUUUUCCUUCAAUGAGGUCAGAUCUUGUUGAGUUGGCAAACUACUACAUAAGUACAUGCAUAUAAAGGUAUGACGUGCAUAAUGUAUUUAGCAGCAAACAGUGUAAUGCAUUGCUUGAAUAGUUUCCAGUACAGACCAUGUAAUUGACUGCCUUUUAUUUGUAUUAUUUCAUCACAUAGAAAUAAUAAUUUCAGGAUCUGGUUUGCUUCAUGAUAGGAGAGUUACUUCAUGAUUACAGAACAGAUAUAAAAAUGAUAAUUACAUAAUUACACUGCCCUGAAAGAAUGGAAGUUAGACUGGGUGGUUCUUGGCUCGCUGAGUGAGAGGAGAGGAGGGGGGGGGACUUCUUAUGGGAGGACGCUUGGUGAAGCAUUCCUCUCAUAGUUUUGGGACACCUCUUCAGCCCGUGCAUACGUCAGAUCUGCUCGGGGUGUAUAAAAGGAGAUGGGGACUCUAAAAGAGGAAGAGCAAGCACUCGUCAACUCACUGCCAGGUCUGGUGUUUGAUAAAGAGAUUUCUUUUUUUACUUGAGAAAGACAACUUUUGAAGAUGUGGAAACUAUUUGUGAUCGUUGGAGUUACACUGGUGUCAGCCUCGUGCCCGAAGGAUUGUCGCUGUCCCCCUGACACCCCCAGAUGUGCAGCAGGAGUCGGUCUCAUGCUGGACGGCUGUGGAUGCUGUAAAGUUUGUGCGCGGCAGCUCUUUGAGGACUGCAGCAAGACUCAGCCAUGUGACCACACAAAGGGACUGGAGUGCAACUUUGGUGGGGGAUAUGACUCUGCAAAGGGCAUAUGUCGAGCCAAAUCAGAUGGAAGAACAUGUGAGUACAACAACAAAAUUUACCAGAACGGGGAAAUCUUCCGUCCAAACUGCAAACACCAGUGCACUUGCAUAGACGGUGCUGUCGGAUGUGUGUCCCUCUGCCCACAUGAGCUCAUGCUGCCCAAAGUGGGCUGUGCCAAGCCCAAGCGGGUUAAAGUAAAGGGACGGUGCUGCGAGCAACUUGUCUGCCCUGAGGAGGCAAAGACAGAGGGAGAUGUGGUGAAGAAACACAAAGGAAAGCAGGGCAAAGACAGACUGUAUGAAGACGACCUUACCAACAGGAAUGAGCUGGCUCCUGUGUGGGGGGGGCAGUCACAUUCUUUACCUGCUUUCAGGAGUCACCCAAUAGGCCACAUGUUGGUUAGAGGGGUCAAGUGUGUGUCUCACACCACAGCUUGGUUGCCGUGCUCCAAAUCCUGUGGUACUGGAGUGUCCACCAGGGUGACCAAUAGCAACUCCCAGUGCAAACUGGUGAAGGAGACUCGGAUCUGUGAAGUCCGCCCAUGCAACCAAAAGACCUUUACCAGAUUAAAGAAAGGCCAGAAAUGUAACAACAUAGAAAAGGCCAGCCGUCCAGUCAAACUGUCCUACGCAGGCUGCCGUAGCCUGAAAAAGUUCCAGCCGAGGUACUGUGGGUCCUGCUCAGAAGGCCGGUGCUGCAGGCCUCACCGAACGCAGACGUUACCUGUCAGGUUCCGAUGCAAAAAUGGAGAGACGGUGAGCAGGAUGGUGAUGAUGAUCGAGUCUUGCAAAUGUAACUUAAACUGCUCCGGCAGCAACAAAAAGAAUCCUGCUCGCCACAGGCUUCAUAAUGAUAUCCACAAACUGAAAAUGGAGAGAUAAAGGAAGACACCAUAAGUGCUAACUGAUAAAAACAUUUGCACUUGAACUGCAUUGGUUAUAAUUUUGCUUCGUGACAUUGGAGCCUUGUGGUUUGCUUCAUUUUGAAGCAAGUUUUUUAUAAUUACAUUUUUCAAAUUCUUAUUUUUAUAGUUGAAUAAAAACGUGUUCUCCACUUUUAUUUUUUUACACAUAUUCAACAUAUUUUAAACCUCCCUUGACGAGACAUGUCACAUGACAACAUGGAAGUGACGUAAAAACUAAGGCAGCUACUAAAUCCGUCAUUACACAUAUGUCGCCAUGUUUGUUGAUUUACUGUACAUUCUAUUUAUAAUUAAUAUUUCAUACUUCAUUUAGUGUAUUGUUAUAUCUAAUCAUGGGAUAUCAUACAAUAAUAUUUGUUUGACAUCCUCCACACCAGUGAUACUCAAUUUACAGCCCAUGGGCAAAAUCUGGCCCAUGAUAGGGUGCUGUGUGGCCCGUCGAGCAUUCAUUAUUCACAAUGAAAAUGAACUGAUUCAUACUGGGAAUUUGUUUUUUGUAUUUUGAAUGUAAAUAAGGCGCCAGAGUGCAUAAAAAAGGGCCAGCGGAGGACCCGAGAGGUCUGUGCUCAGCUCCGAAUGUUCUCUAAUCCUAGAAACACCACUGUGUAUACCUGACGUGUGCGGGACUGUUGGGACUGGAUUUGCCUUGUUUGAUAGUGUUAUCUGAUAAGGGCAAAGUGAGUUGAGUAUCCCUGCUCCACACUCAUUUGCUUUUGGAAACUGUUUUAAUAUGACUGAAGGCUGGACGUAUACUAUACUGUCUGUAAAUUGGCCAAUAACUGCAGAAUUGUCUAUUUUAUGUCUUGAUUUUUCUACAAAUAAACACAUAAAACAUUGCAUUUUCCCAAUUAUUUCACUUUUUAGGCAAAAGGCAAAGAGUGGGGCUCACAAUAAUAUCAAAAAAUUCUCAGUGGGGUCUGUUAGGAAUUGAGCUAUACUGUUUGAACUGCAUCUGGCUGACCCACUUCUAAGUAGACCUACAUGCCACUGAAUAGCUCAGGGAAUGAGUGUAAUGUAAACCUCGGAGUGGUUUCCCUGAUGUUGGACAGAUGCUGGGCACAAGCUGCAGAAUUUUGUUUGAUGAAAAAGUUAUAGGGUAAGAGAGAAUAAUCUUAACUUUCCACAGAGAUAUAAGACAUCUCUCAUGUGCGACCCUGAAUUUGGAAAUGUGUUGCUCUUAUAUUGAUUGCAACACGGCGAGUGUUAGCUGGAUAUAAUUCAACUCUUUUCCCUUCAGAAGUAAACAUGAUCAGUUGCAAAUUAAUGUUAAAUUGCCCAAUCUAAUCUGAAGUAUGACUUUGAAUGCAAAUCCUCCAUCCAACAAAGUUUGUACAUGAAUCAGACUACUGUAUGUGACCUUCAGAUAACCCCUUUUACACGUGCAACAGUGAAGCCUUUGUUUGUUUUUGAUCAUUCGUCCACUAAUCUAGCAUUUGUAAAAUAAAUAAGUCAAUAAAAAGCAAAAAGACAAAUAGGUCAUCCAACUCAUUUGAGUCUAAUAAGCACAUAAGCUCAGGGUGUGUCCAUCACGCUGCUGAAUCUUGACACCAAACAAACGCCAGAAGUCACAUGUGAGCUUAUUCCCAAAGCAAAUUCCCAAAGUGUGAUCAACAGUAUUACGUAAAGGGGCAAGACCAAGAGAGCGAGAACGAGAGCAAAGGAAAAACAGGAGUUCUGACGCACGCAGACAUGAAAUGGUUCCAUCCCCUGACGGAGAACACAACAAUAGAGCUUUGUCUGUGAGAACUUGAGAGGAGAACUGCUCGCUCGGGGGAAUACGUCCACUGCAAGAACACACUCGGGUCUGGUAGUUUAUUACCAUAGAUACAACAACAACAGCAGGAAGAACAUGAAGAAGGACAAACAGAGUUCGGUUUUUAGUUCAGUCAUGCUGCAGCAGAUACCUGCGUUCUUGUGUGUGCUUCUCCACCUCAGUUAUAUAAAAGCUUCAAAAGCAUGAGGGCGAACCGGCAGCAGCAGUUUCAAGUGGUUUGGAAAGGUCCCAGUGUUGCAUGUAUCUCAGUAAUUAUUUUUGCAGCCCUAAAGGGAUGAGCUUCAAAACUGACAGCUCAACAACUGAUUUUCUGCAUCAUUCAUCUCAGUCCAGGCGACAAUCAGAACAUAAACACACCAAGUACACAUCACACGGUUUCUAUGAUUACUACAAAACAGACACAAGUUUGUUCUUAGAAUCAGCAGGAUAAAGGGGAAAUAAGCAUUCUGAGUGCCAAGACUCUGAAUUUCCCAAAUUAUGAGUCAGACAAAGUAGUUAAAGUUUUGAUGGUUUAAUGGGGAGCAAAGUUGAAGCUUGUUUCAUGUUGGAAAACAUGGCUUAACCACUGGUAAAGUUAGCAGGGACAUAUGCCAGAGGUGGGACCAUGUCUUGUUUUGCAAGAGGUCACAGGUGAGUCUAAGGCCCAAUCCCAUUUCUACCCCUUAAAUCUUCCACUUGAUAUUGAGUGCCCUUGUUUGCGAGAUAACCCUUGAUUAGGGAAGUUAGAAAUAUUAGGGUAGAGAUCUUUACCUAAGAAAUGAGACACCACAUCAUGCAAAUCGGCGUGGCCAACGUGCAGGCAUACGUCACGCGUAGUAGUGGCACAAGACACUGGAAGUCAUUUAGGUUUGAAAACACACCUUAUCUGUCUUAUGAAUCAACAGAGAAGAAAUGCUGAAAACAGGAGGCGCCUACGACGUCUUCUAGUUCUGAUCGAUUUUGUUCGGGUAAGUCAAUUUGUUUAAAUAUUUUUUCUCAAGUUGCUGAUGAGUUGAUGCUAGUCCAACCAUCUGUUGUUUGUAUAGCCUACAUUUUCCAAAACUUGCCGCAGUUGCUGACUUCGCAUGGUGUUGUGGGAAAUGUCAUCUUCCACCUCGUUGUAAGUGUGGGUCGGGGCUCCCUUGGAAUCUAGGGCGGGUUUUAAGUGUUGGAAACCACUUCCACUACCUCAGUUCUAUUUUGGGACACCACUAGCCUAAACGUGAACACGCACAACCAAGUGCAAGUGGGUGUUUCUAGGGGAAGUGUGGGUAUUGGGACAGGCCUGAAGUCUUUGCACUCAAGUCUCAAGCCCUAAACUUUGAGUUCUGAGUCCUAACCAAGUCAUGAUGCACUCUUCACCAAAUGUAAUUAGAACGGAUGUGAUUGAACCCAAACGCAGCACUCAGUGACAGUUGGUAAAGACCUUUACUUAAAGCACAGAAUAAACAGAAACUUGAGCCGCCGAAGAUAUUCAAUUAAUAGUUCAUUCUUCGGGCUCAAAGCCCGCACACAGUCUCUGGGUUCAGGGGCAGACAGGUCGGUGAAUGGUGGACACACACAUAAGGCAGGAAACUCAGAGCAACCGCAUCAACCCCGACUCAUGAAUUCAAGAUGGCUGCCGGUCACAUACAUAUUGAGUAAACACUCUGCUAAAGUACUGUUUAUAGCAAUUUUAUCUUAUUUGUUUUACAUUAGGUCAGCCUCAUCUGCAGCGUUCAUCAGUUCGAGUGCAUGAUGUUUCUGAAGCUGUCUAUACUCCGAAAGUGCAAGGGAAACAAAGGCUUUAUUGCGGGCGUCCAUGUUUUUAUCCGACUUGUCCACCGUUGUCAACUAGAAUGCAAAAACUGUUGUCAACCCGGAGGUGACGUCAUUCCCACUUCCGACCUCUGAGUACAAAAUGAAAGCACCAUGAGCUUCAGAGUCGCUAAGGUGACCUGUGAGUCAUUGACCCAUUCGGCCAUCUUGUGGCAACAACUCACAGGUGACCUUAACGACUCUGAAGCUCAGAGUUCACGUGACCUCAACGACUGUAAAGGCCAGUUCAAACCAAGGAUUCCAGACCUUGGUUCCAGAUGCAACAAAACGGUUUCAGGAUGUUGCAGAGAAAAGUUGCAGUGGUCUGAAUGACUCAGUUGCAUAUCUGCUCAGGUCGGCUCAUGCAGUUGCAAGGGAUUCAACCUUUUCAAUCGUUUGUCGCAAACUGUCUCGAACCUUGUAACCAAUCAGCAGCAAGCUCGUGCUUUCUUUUUGUAGAGCUGGGUACCAAUGUGGGCUGUACGUGAAUUUAAUCAAGACCGUAAUAAUAAUAAUAAGCUCCGACGUUCUUGGCUCUUAUCGUUACUUUUUAAAGUUUUGGAUUCAUGUAUCAUCAUGCUGCAGCCUCUCUCCUGCUCUCUGCAUGUCAGGGCUGACCUCCUCCUCACAGCACACACACACCCUAAAAAUGCGGCCCCUUGUCAUUUUCUGGUUUUAAAAUCCGGCCCAGUUGAGUUUGUAAUUGAAUAGACCUGCCUUAGGGUAUCCAACCACAGACGGUCGCAUACAAGAAGAGUUGUGCUCUGCUGAUGCAUCCAUGUGCUCUCUGGGGUUUGUUGUCCUGUUCAGCUUCACGUGCCGUUGUAACGUACCCGUUGCUGUAGAGACGACAGCGGUUUCAGUGAUGUCGCUAGUCUCACCUCGGUGCCUUGGUGUAAACUGUACUGUUGCAAGGCCAUGUAGUUGCAAAUGGGUUCAUGUAGUUGCAAGUCAUUGCAAGACGAAUCUUUGGUCUGAAGGCUGCUUCAGGCCUCCGACUCCACACCAGUCCGGUACAACUGAAGAAGCCUCUUGGAUGAGAGGCGAAACAUCUUCAGGAAACUCAAGCAAGUCCAUUUGCCUACGAUAUAGCACUCAAGAUUACCACAAACUGGAUGAAUGAGAAACAGACAUUUUUUCAAGUUGAGUUUCAAGUCAACAAAUUUGUGUCCCGAGUCUGACUCAAGUCCAAGUCAAGGGACUUAAGUCUACAUUUCUGACAUAAGCACCGUAACAUAACUC